AUGGCAAAUGGCCGUUCCAAAGAUUCCUUGGAGGGCAUAUCCAAGGUCAAAACCAGAAUACCGGCCAACUAUCCAUUACGAGAAUACUAUCUGUGGUUUGGCUAUGUAGGCUUGGCUAGCUGGAUGGACUACUACGCUGCAGGGGCUAGUGUAUUCUACGGUCUCUACUAUACGCCAAUAAGAGUCUUCAGGCUGGAGCAAGAACAGCCCGCGGCAAAAGCCACGAUCCUGCGUUUGUGGACCUUCACUUGUAUCAUGCUUUAUACAGCGCAUAUUUUCUACCUCACGUUCAUCCACUGGAACUAUACGUACAACAUGGCUGCCAACGUGGCAGCCGGCAUCGUUCAGAACCUUCUCUGGAGCAGUUUCAGUUACACGACGUACCAAAAACUCAGGAAACCCUGGGCCGCCUGGCCAGGCAUGAUCGUGGCGUGGAUCAUCCUCGCGAUGAGCUUGGAGUUAUUGGAUUUCCCUCCCAUUGCGGGCGUGAUCGACGCGCACAGCCUAUGGCACUUGGGCACCGUCGUGCCAACGAUUUGGUGGUAUAACUUUUUAGUCAAGGACGCCCAGCAAGACAUCACAGGAGAGCGACUCAAAGCGUAG